AUGACCGACGAAGAAGAAGGUCCAGGCGAUGUUACUGGAACCGUGGAAGUCUCAGAUGUGCCAGGGGCUAUUGAAUUACAUUAUGUUGCAUCAGAGAAUAACGAAGAAACUGUAUAUAAAACUUCACUGCCAAGUACAUCCCAAGUUUCCAGAAGUAAAUCGAAGGAGAGACGUCUUACUGAUGAGAAAAGCAAUUGGAAAAAGACACCUCCAAUUUAUACAAAGCUGUCUCAAACUAGUGAUCAAGACAUCAGCACAAAGAGAGAGGAAUUGAAGGAACAACUUUCUUCCCUGACUCCGAAGGAGAUGUUCGAAGAACUGAUGAACGAAAACAUAUACGUGUUCAGAGUGAAAGGAACUGUGAGAUAUACAGUAAAUAUGAAGAAUAUGCAGGAUUUCAUCCUCACAGUUGAAGUAGUGAAGGUCUUUGUCGAAUUUCUUCUUUUUGCUGGCUACCAUAAGCUUCCUGCUGAGAAGCUAUACUGGUCUGAAGAUGAUGAUGUUGGCAUACCAACAAAGACAGCUAUGUCAAGGAAUAAAUAA